AUGUCAUUGUCACCUUUGACAGAGAAGUUUCCGUUUCCGCCGACAAAACACGACACCAUCUUUUCUAAAACUGAGGUUAGGAAGGUCAAAAUGUCGUCACAUUUGGUGUGGGGAAUUAUCCGCAAUAACAAUGCUUUUCUUUUAAAGAAAAGAAACAUUUCCAAACCUUUUAGCACUGAAGCUAACAAUCUUACUAACUUGAGUUCAUACCGCUAUAAUGGUUUGAUCCACAAAAAGUCUGUAGGAAUUGUAGAUGCUGCUGACAAAAAAGGAUUCACAGUUGUUUACAAGAAGGCCAGUAAACAACACAAACCUAAACAAAAUGUUGUAAAGAGGACAAUGAAAUCUGGCCCCAGAAGAUCUUUACAUAAAUUGAAGAGGUUGUUGAAUGCUAACAAAUACAGAACAGACCUUACCAAGGCUGCCCUUCGCAGAGCUAGUGCAGUUCUGAAGUCCCAAAAACCUUUACCAGCCAAGAAACAGAAGGUUGCCCCUAAAAAAGAAUAGGUGUAUUUUUUAAUGUAAUAAACAAAUUUAUAAAAAGA